AUGGCUGGGUUUUUUUCAAUUCUCAGGCGCCUCUAUCUCUCCCUUUAUAAUUGGACGGUUUUAUUUGGAUGGUGUCAAGUACUGUAUUUUGUUCUGAAGACAUUGAACGAUUCGGGUCAUCAGCAUGUUUACAAUGCAGCAGAAAAGCCUCUGCUUUUUGCUCAAACAGCUGCGGUAUUAGAGAUUCUUCAUGGUUUAGUAGGGCUUGUCAGGUCUCCAAUAACAGCGACAUUGCCACAGAUUAGUUCAAGGCUGUACUUGACUUGGGGCAUUUUAUGGAGUUUUCCUGAGACUCGGUUUCAUGUGCUUGUUACCUCCCUACUAAUCAGCUGGUCCAUCACAGAGGCAAGUCUUCAUGAUCGCUCUUUCAUGUGA